ACGCAGCAAACAUGGCAGCGUCAACUGACAGCAGGAUGAGCAUGCAAACCGUUAUCGCUGAUAUUUUGAAUGAAAAAUUAUGCCCCGGUCAUUUACAGGCUUUGAAAACAUUUACCGCUUCGUUACGGGACCAGGAAUACAGAGAUGCUGUGCAGGGGGAGGCGUUCUGCAGCCUCCUGAAGGUCCUGUCCAGGCUGCUGGAUGAGCUGCAGGAUGCCAGUGAUGAAGAGGACCAGGGCCUGCAGCUUCAGAUGACUGCUGAGUGCUUCAGAGGCCAGAGGAACGCCUGCGUCCAGAGCACACGCAACCAGGGGCUGCUCAGGGAGCUUGGUUUCAUAGAGGUGUCAAUAAAACUCUUGAGACUGCUUCAGACCAUAACUGUGGAGAGCACAGAUGGCAUACUUGAGCCUCUUCGCUGUGGGAUCCAGUUUCUUGGAAACCUAGCUGUGGGAAACCAGGUGUGCAAAGAUGACAUUUGGCAGCUGAGCUUUCCAAAUCUUUUCCAGCAACUGUUAAGUGCUGAUGAUGAGAAGGUGGUGAGCUACACCGCCAUGGUUCUCCACACAUGUCUGGAUGAAGCCAAGGUGGAACAGCUGGCAGAACCAAACAACAUCGAUCUAGCACUCAGGGUGAUGGAGCUCUGCAGGACCCAACCCGACCUGGACUGGACCGUUCUGAUUGCUACCCAGCACUUCGUCAGCUCCUCAUCUCUAGUGGAGAACAUGUAUACUGGGAUGUCUCACCUAGAGAGGGUUACUCUGCUCGAGCUGUUGUCAGCCCAGCUAGGAGAGGGGGAUUUGAAGGAGGACGGUGCCAUCCCCCCCAGUGUGGCUCGUUUCCUGGCCUGUUGCUUUCAGAAAGGUUGCGCAGCCGUGCUGACACUCGCCUCUGGUUCUGCUUCCAAUGAUGAGGAGGCGCUGACAGUGAUCAGUUUGCUGGACGUCCUGUGUGAGAUGACCUCAGACCACAGGCAGUUCAUGUUCCUGCAGGACCAUCCUGACCUCCUCUCCACCACUGUUGAGCUCCUGGAGCAGGUCCAUGCCUUAGGAAAGGCCAGCAAAAAUGUAUUCAGUACUGCUCAAAAUUUCUCCUCCUUCAGCCCUGAUGGAGACUCUUCGUCCUCUUCUCCAUCCAUCAGUUUCAAGGCUCACCUCAUCAGACUGAUAGGAAACCUCUGUCACAACAACACCGACAACCAGAACAAGGUGAGAGAACUGGACGGCAUCCCCCUCAUCUUGGACAACUGCAACAUAGACAGCAACAACCCUUUCAUCAUCCAGUGGUCCGUCUUUGCCAUCAGGAACCUGCUGGAACACAACAAGGAGAACCAGGAGCUGGUGGCUGCACUGGAGCACGGCGGUGUCGCUGAUUACUCUGCACUCAAGGAGCUGGGCUUCCAGGUGGAGGAGCGAGACGGCAGCCUGCUGCUCAAACCUGUGAGGAAGGACUCUUAAAAAUCUAAGAGGAGCAGCUAGGAGAGAGGAAGCCCUCAACCCCUAAGCAGGUUCUCAUGUUAAGGAUUUGUUAAAAAAGAAAUAAAGUACAUGUGCACUUGCAUAAUGUGCAUGUGCACACAUGUACUCAGUGGGCCUCAUUCACCAAUAUCUUCCUAAGUUUUUUCAUACAUUUCUUCUUAAGGAAGAUCCUAAGAAAAGCCUACAUGGGAUUCAUGACGAGAUCUUGAACUGCAGAAUUUUUCACACCUGUGUUCUGACAUUGAUGAAUCCCUCUGACUUUGUAAAUUGAAAGCAUGUGCCAUUUGACCCUAAUUAGCAUUGGUAAACGCCCCCCAGUCCCCAUUAAAGGACAUGAAGCUGCAGGGCCUUGUGCACACACAAAAUCACACACAGAACUUGAUUAAGUUGAGGGAGGUCAAGAUUGCCCAAAUGCAAGUCUAAAGGGGUGGGACACUGCACUGCAGACAUAAAAAAAAAAAAACUGCAGCUCUGAAAUUGAUGCACUGCUGUAGGAAGUCAACACCAAAUGGCGUGUCAUGUAUAUUUUUCAUUGUUCAAGAAAGUGAUCACAAAACAAGUGAGGACAAGUGCAGGGACACAAAAAUGGGUAGCGCCGUCACAUGCACGAGCAUGUGCAUAAACACGAGAAGGGACGGCAUGACAGGGGACACUGCAUUGGCUCAACGGAGCUGAAAUCCUCCGGGGUGCAGCACCCAGAACUCAUAUUUAGUGUCAAUAGUGGAUACAAAGUAACAGAAAAUGAUAUGAAUGGGAUGCUGUUACUCGUUCAAUGAAUGUUGUAUCUGCAGAAAGAUGCACAAUUGAUGAAGUUAAAAAAAAAAAAAAUGUUUGAGCUCAGAUUUGUGUUUGUGUUGUGUUUAUUUCAACAGACCAUAAUGCUUUAAGGAUAAGAAUUGUUAAAAAUAUUAUAAAUUAUAUAAAUAUUAAUUUAAGUCCUAUAAUAUCAUACUAUAGAAUAGAACUAUAGAUUUUCAGUAUUCAAAUGUGUUUAAGAGUGCUCUUGAGUGUGCGUAGAUUGUGCUCUUACCCAAGAACAAAUCUCAAAUGAGAAUGCCAGAUCUUCUUGAAAACUGUGCAAGUGGGUUUUAAGAACAAAUUUGUUCUAAUGAAUGUUUGGUGAAUGAGCCCCAUUGUUCUUGUGCUUAAAGAUGUAUUUAUGCUAGCUAAUACUUAAUCUCCACUCCUCAGUUAUCAAACCCGAGUUUUGUGUCUGUCUAGAAUGAUUGACAGUCAGUACAGAAAAAUGGCUUGGAAUUAGAUGAUGGAUAAUAUUUCUGUUAGAGGAGUGAGUUUAACUGACUUUUCUAUGUAAGUUAUGCUGGCACUCAUAUCCAGAUGGGGUUUUCUUGGUACACAAAAGGCUCAUGGGAUCCUCUCUGGUAUAAAAGCAGGGUUCAAGAGGUCAGGAGCGGGUGUUUUGUCUUAACCUUAGUCUGGGAAAUGAAGAGCCUGUGAGAAAGGGGACACCAUGCUGCUACCUUUUGCUAAAGCUGAUGGAUUGUGGUCUAAUCCAAAGACAAAAAGCACCACGGUGUCCUGGCUUUUUGCCCCUCAGAAACACUGGUGUUACCAGCAGGGGUUGGGGUUUAAUCACAGACUCACAGUGACUUCUGCAAUAACCAGUCAAACAGAGAAUGACCAAAACAUGAUGUAAUCAGCCCCCCUCCCAAACACACAUCCACACAGACCUAAUUACACGGUGUUGCCUUUGCUAGAGGUAUGAAGACUUUGGGUAUGCCUCAACAUUCCCAUACCAACGCUUAAGAAUAGACUUAACUUUAAACUACGCAUAACUCAACCACAACUGUUUUGAAAGUGGAAAAUGAAAUACUCAGUGUAUUGCUUGCCACCAUGCAUUUUUUUCUUUUGAAAACAAUGCUCAAAAUAUGAGCUUUUCACCAGAUAACUGCUUUCUUUUGCAAUGCGUCAUUCCAUUAUGGUAUAUUGUGGCAAAAUGCUUUAUAGAAAAGGUAGUAUUGAUAGAGACAUGAAAAGCAUGAUAUAGCAUAUAAUAUACAGAUUAACUUAUUUAUUAAGUUCAAACUCAUAACGCUGAGUAUAUAAUAAGCAUUUUAGGCCCUUGUCUUUUGAGUGCCCCAUAUCCUCACUGUAAGCGAACAAUAUUAGAUGUAGGUAUAGCAACCGACACAUACUGUCUUAGAGAUUAAAAUAUCUUUUAUUUGGCAGCAACUCUGUGAGCAUUCAGUGUCUGCGUGUACACUUGCAUGUGCACUUCCUCUCUAGAUAAGUGAUUGUGAUUCUGGAUAAGUAGAUGGCGGAUGAGUGCAUGGCGAUAGCAGGUAUCCGAUGAGGGAGAGAGUCAAAGUGAAUCAGACCAUAAGCAUUAGUUUGCAGAAUGACAUCCCUCCCUCCUCCUCCCGUUGCUGGAUAAGCUGAACCGUCCUGACACCUAAACAAUGCGGCGCUUAAUGGGCCCGCCCACACCCCGCUCCACCCUGUUUGCUCUGCCUCUGAUUUUUAAUGACAAAAUGUAUUGAAACAAUCGGCUGGACUCUACUCUCAAUCCGCCGGUAUAGUGAGGGGAGCUUAUGCGGUUCCGGUCCCCAGGAUUUCAGACAACUAACAAAACAGGCUGUUACUUGCGCUCGACUGGCUGGCUGCAAUGCUUUUCAGCCCCACAGGAAAGAGCCAGUGAGAGUCAGCCGGGCUGAAUGAGGUGGCAUGGCCGCAGCCGUCUAUUCACCUCCUAACACAUCAGUAUACCACAUCAGUCAUGGCCAUAGAUGCUUCUGUUUCCCAUAUCAGCAUUUUAUACCCCAGGACUCUAUUAUAUCGUAUAUGUGCCUUUUUGUUUGACAUUCACUUUCAGCAAAACCUGCAAGUUGUACCGCAUAUGCCUCAUGUUAGGGCCAGAACAUGUUUAUAUUCCCCUGAAUAAAGUAUUGCUGUGUGACAAA